AUGGCACCCCCGCGUCAGCGUCCACCUGCAAGCUCCGUAGCAGGAGGGGGUGACGACUCCCGCUCUGAGGCUUCAAGCACAGCAACAGGAGGUCCUACGUCGCGUGGAGUCCCGGGCCCAAAACCGCGCAAGUCUGGUGCUACGAGUACUUCAGGUGUUGCGACGACGGGAACGCUGGCAAGCGCGAAAGAGCUCAAAGUCGCUGCUGCUACGGGCGCCGCUGCGGCGGCUACUAAUGCUGCAGCUGCAUCGGCCUUGUCGCAGAUUGGGGUUGAGUAUGGCAUGGAUGGGCUGAGGGAUGAUUUGCCCGGUAUACCAUGGCACCAGAUGUCCCUCUCAAUCCUGCACGAUUACAGACACGCCUACAAACUAUCUACACCAAGUGCAUACGCCCGGCCUAUUUCGAAAAUAUACUUUUCCUCUGGCAUUGGACUCCGUUCCCCAACGGCUAUCGCAGCUAGGAGAGCCGCCGCCGUCGCUACUACCGCAACCACUUCCUCCUCGUCAACAUCACCAGGACCAACCCACCGGUCUCGCCCCGCCGCUUUAAAACCGACAACAGAGACGAACAGAGUGAACAAAAUAAAUAGUCAAGACCGUGUCGGAAAGGAGCAGCUCGCCCUCGCGGUGAGGAAACAUUUUAAUGCCGCGGGGCUCGUGGAGCAGGAUGCUAUUGCGCGAUUUUUGUAUAAGGUGCGCGAGGAAGGGAGGGGGAGGGAGUUUCGGUUGAGGUUUCAGCCUUAA